AUGGUUUCGGAGGGUGCGCUCCGCUGGUCCGCGCCCCCCUGGGUGCGACGGCUUGUAAUGAGGUUGAUUAGUAUCACGCCAUCUAUUAUUAUCGCCGCGCCGGUGGGGAAGGAGGGGCUUACGGCGGCGCUGAAUGGGAGUCAAGUUGCGCAGUCGGUCGCGCUGCCGUUUGUGAUCGCGUCGUUGAUUUAUUUCACUUGUAGGGGGAGGUAUAUGACUGUGAGGCCGCCGAGAGCUGGUGUGGAGGAGGAGGAGGAGAGUGAUGAUGAGGGGGGGAGGGGGGUGCUGGUGGUGACGCUGGUGGGACUGGGACUGGGAGGGGAUGAGGAAGGUGUAGUCAGUUUCAAGAAUAGAUGGGUAACGGCCGUGUUUGCGGUUGUGGUGUGGUUAUUUAUUGCCAUUAUGAAUGUGGCUAAUUUGGUGUUGUUAGGGAGUGGGAAUUGA